GAUAGCACAAUGCCUAAAUGUUUUCACUAGCUCGUAGUGUGACUAGUCAUCUGGACUGUGAAGCAGCGAGUUAGUGUCAGCUGCUGCAACGGUUACCGUGAUGUCUUAUCAGCUAACCGCAGAGCAGCAGCGAAAGAUUGAAGAGAACAGAAGGAAGGCUUUGGAGAGAAGAGCCGAGAGACUUGGACAGACUGUCAACACCAAGAAGCAGAGCUCACCAGGCUACAACAGCACAUCAGUAAAUGUAUUUCAGCCCCCUAAACCGAGCGCUCCUACAGGUCCUGUAACCAUUAGUCAUCACAGAGAAACCAAUGCACCAAAACGGUUUGUUCCACCUUUCAAAAAAGACCUACAAAGCUUCAAUAAUGAAAACACAAAGUUAUCUGGCAAUGGGAAACGAAUCAGUCCGAGUACCCCGCACAAUUCUGCUUCUUCGAGACAGACACAAGUUAUUGACCCACUUCCUCUGCCAAAAGGCCAACAUGUGAACAGCCCUGUCUUGCCCAGUGGAGGAAGCUUUGGUGUGAAGACAUCUCAGACCAAACCAAACCCUGCUUCCAAUAGCUCUGGUGGUGCAGAUGGCUCAUUCUACAAACAACCAAAUAAACUUGCCCAAAGUCCUGUAGCACGGCUCCCCACAAACUCUGCAACUUUGAAUCCUGUACCCUCAAAAAAACCUGCCAUUUCUGUGAGAGGAAAGUGUGUACCUCACACAGAGGAUCGUUUCAGAGUAGAAGUCAGCUACCAUGCAGAGCUUAUUGCUGUUUUCAAAUCCAUCCCCUCCAAGAACUAUGACCCUGCCACAAAGACGUGGAGCUUCAGUCUGGAGGACUACCAACAGCUAAUGGAAGAAGCAGCAUCUAUUCCUUCUGUAUCUUUGAAGCCUCUGGAGGGAAUGGAUGCAGUGGACAUGGCAGCAGCCACCAGCCUAGCUCGUGACGGAGCAGCACUGGGGGCUCUGCUGAAGCUAUGUAACGGCUGGCAGAAACCUGGGGUAUCUCUGCAGGGCCAAUGCCUCCUGGUGUCUAGGACAAAGUUUGAGGUUGACAUCGGGUUCCAUGUCGAUGUCAUUGGAGCAUUCAAGCAAAUGCCAACAAAGAACUAUGACAUGAAAACAAGAAAGUGGAGCUUUUCACUUGAGGAUUACAAGAGACUCAUGGAUCUCCUCGGUGGGAUAGCAGCAGUGGAGGUGGAGCCUCUGCCCAGGGCAAUAAUCCAGACUUUCUUUGCCAGUUUGGAUGGGCCCCGAGCCAGGUCUUUAGACGUCCCUGAGGCAGACCUCUCCAGCAUCGAGCCCACGCUCACCAGCAGUCUCAUGCCCUUCCAGAGGGAGGGGGUCAAUGUUGCAGUAUCUAAACAAGGCCGCCUACUCUUGGCUGACGACAUGGGCCUGGGGAAGACGGUGCAGGCCAUCUGUAUAGCGGCCUAUUACAGGAGUGAGUGGCCCCUGCUGGUUGUGGCUCCUUCCUCUGUGCGAUUCACCUGGGCUGAGGCCUUCAGACGCUGGCUCCCCUCCUUGACUCCUGACAGCAUCAAUGUGGUGGUGAAAGCCAAAGAGAACCUACGAUCUGGUUUGGUCAACAUCAUCAGCUACGACCUCCUGAGCAGGAUGGAGAAGCAGCAACAGCAGGGAAGUCCAUUCAACGUUCUCAUCAUGGAUGAGUCUCACUUUCUGAAGAACAUGAAGACUGCUCGUUGUAAAUCAGCUUUGCCUCUGCUAAAGGCGGCAAAGAGAGUGAUUCUUCUGUCUGGGACCCCUGCCAUGUCCAGACCAUCUGAGCUCUACACACAGAUUCUGGCUGUCAGACCUACACUCUUCCCACGGUUUCAUGAUUUUGGGAUUCGCUACUGUGAUGCCAAACAGAAUACUUGGGGCUGGGACUACUCAGGCUCCUCUAAUCUUGGGGAGUUGAAGCUGCUGCUGGAGGAGAGUCUCAUGUUGCGCCGUCUUAAGUCGGACGUUCUCUCCCAGCUUCCUGCUAAACAGCGAAAGGUUGUGGUAGUGACUAUAGAUGGGAUCAACACCCGCACAAAAGCUGCUCUGUCAGCUGCAGCCAAGGAGCUGUCCAAGGGACAUCGCAGUAAAAUGGAAGAGAAGGCAGCCCUCCUCGUCUUUUAUAACCACACAGCUGAAGCCAAGCUGCAAGCCAUUAUGGAGUACAUCACAGACAUGUUGGAGUGUGGGAGAGAGAAGUUUCUAGUGUUCGCCCAUCACAAGUUAGUCCUGGAUCAUAUCACCACCGAACUAGGAAAAAAGAAUGUCACUUACAUCCGUAUUGACGGGACCACUCCGUCAUCUGAUCGACAGCAGCUCUGUGAGAGGUUUCAGUACUCGACCAAGAGCUGCGUGGCUGUUCUGUCCAUCACUGCAGCCAACAUGGGCCUCACCCUGCACUCCGCUGAUCUGGUGAUUUUCGCCGAGCUGUUCUGGAACCCAGGGGUUCUCAUUCAGGCAGAGGAUCGGGUACACCGCAUUGGACAGACCAGCAAUGUGAACAUUCACUACCUGGUUGCCAAGGGAACUGCUGAUGAUCACCUGUGGCCAAUGAUUCAGGAAAAAAUGAAUGUGUUGGAGCAGGUUGGUCUGUCUGAGUCAAACCUCUCAGACAAUGCUGUGAACACCAGCUUCCACUCUAAGGACCCAAAUCAGAGGAGCAUCAUGGAGAUGUUUCAGAGGUCUUUCACUGCGGAUGACAACAUUGAUGAAGCUGUCUUAAUGGAGGCUGCAAAUGACUGGGAGGACACGCCGCCAGAAAACACUUACGAACAACACCAUGGCUCGGUCGCACAAAGCCCCAGAAAAAAGAGCAUCAAAGACUUUUUCAGCAGAUGACUCAGGAGUGUUCAGUGUUGACAGAUUAUGUGAAAAUCACUUAAGAUGCUAGAUUUUAGCCAUCAUGACAUAUAUGAGCGAGUUUUGUUUUUGCAAAAGAUAAGAAAUGCUUCAGUUAUAUCAGCUAUUUUAAUUAAAGUAAAAUAAUACUCUAAUAAACCUUUAUUUUUGCUAACCAGAGAAAAUAAAUAAAUAUGUU